AUGCACACCCCAGUCAUGAUCUGCUUUCUUUUAGGGUGUUUCUUAUGGUUCCCCCAGGCGAGCGGUGAGGAAGGCUGUCUCAGCACCGAGCUCUGUACAGGCACAGAAUGGGACCGUUUGUGGUACAUCUGGCUGGCGGUGGUGGUCGGUGGGCUGCUCCUCCUGUGUGGCCUGGUCUCCGUCUGCGUGAGAUGCUGCUUUCACUGCCAUCGGACCGGGGAGGAGUCAGGUCCUCGGCCCUACGAGGUCACCGUCAUUGCCUUUGACCAGGACAGCACCCUGCAGAGCACCAUCACCUCUCUCCAUUCCGUGUUUGGGCCGGCGGCCAGGAGGAUACUAGCAGUGGCCCGCUCCCACCACGCCGCGCAGGGACCACCGCCCCUCUCGGCGUCGGACACUCCUCCGGUCUACGAAGAAGCUCUGCACAUGAGCAGAUUCACGGUCGCCAAAGUAGGGCAGAAGGUGCCAGACCUGGAUCCAGUGCCGGAGGAAAAGCCGCAGGGACCUGCCGAGGGCAAGGACGCCCGGCCAGCCCUGCCGGGACACUAG